UCUGACUUUGUCUUAUCAUUUCACACGGUCUUGAAGUACGCAGGCCACCCUCCCUUCGCACACUCCCCCGUGAGUUUCUGUUCUCAGAACGGAGAUUACCUCAUACUGGUUUCCAGCUGGUCCAGCCUCGUGAGCCCCUGGGGCCAGGAGGUCUCCGUCAUCAUCGCCAGCGUGAAUUUCGCACGUGAGAACCCACUGAAGGAGGAUGUGUUUGCCACCAGAAUAAAAAAGAUGAACCGUAAUGACAAAGACGUAACAGAAUUGCAAGAACAAAUUCAGAAACUUCUCUUGCAGCCGGUCCGCGUGGAUGCUUCCAGUGGCUGCGGGAGCCUGGGGAGCAGCGGGUCCCAGGAGCGCCGGUCAUUGACUUUGCAGCAGGUCUGUGCCAGUGUAAACAAAAUCAAGAAUCUCAGUCAGCAGCUCUACAUCGAGUCAAGGACCAAAUCUCCAGACAGGCAUGUGACAGAGACCCUCACUGGACAGCCUGGGGAUGAGCAGAAGGCUUUCUCUUCCUUCCAGAUACUGAAAAAUAAUAGUAUAUACACUGAGUCUUGUGGGGAUUUGAGAAAAGAUCAGCCCAGCCCAGCCUGUCAGCAGAUAAACUGUACUGAUAGCAUUCUCAGGUAGCUGAAGAGCUGCAGCUUUCCAGCUUUGAAAAGGAAGUGUGUAUCCGUUCAGACAACUUCCUCGUCCUCCGAAGAAGGCAGCCAGAGCCGCAAACUGUACCUACGUCAGAAAUGUCAGCUAACGGACGGUCUGCAGACGCUGAAGCCCCCAGACCUCGAGCACGGCGGCCCUGAGCCUGGACACGAGCCAGGGCUCCAUCAUUCACAUCCCACCGCCAAAGUCAGUCUGUCGUCUUCCACUCCCGCAGAACUGACUCCAGCAGAGGAUGCCACCCGAGCCUGUGAGCCCUGGACCCUAAGCCCACACCCAGCUCCGCCGCCCUCGGAAGAGUUUAUAUGCACAGGCAGGACUCACAGUGCUGUGCUGUCAGCCCAACAGAAGGAAGAACGGAGUGACGCUGACAAAUUCCGGAACAAGAUUCUGUCCCGCUCCUGUCUUCAGCAGGAAAGCAGACACAAAGCUCAGUAUUCAUCUGUUCACGGUAGUUACACUGUCACAAAUAUAUUCCGUUUAUCAACAUACCCUGCAGUAGCCACUUGCUUACUGGCGGACGUCUGUUGCCUUGUAGUCUACUUGUUUUUGACUGAAGUCCAAGCCCCCAGGCCAGCUGGCUGCAGGAGGAGGGGAAACAAGCGGAAGAAGCUGCUCGAGUCGUGGGAGAGCACGAGCUCCAAGGGCCACUCCUGUCCCCGCCGCGGUGGGGGGGGGGGGCCAGAGUGCACGGCCCCGGUGCCCUCGCUCUCCUCCUUGCCGCCCGCCUCUGGCGUCGCUCCCGGCCAGGCCCCGCGUCUCGUUCCAGCCCCUCCCCGCCCGACGGUGCCCCCUCUGGGGAGGGAAGGUGCCACCUCAGUCACCGCUCUGCAGGGUCCGCCUGAGCCGCCUGCGUCCACUGGCUUGCGGUCUUUCCCAGCCCUCCCUCCUUACAGAGACACUUUGGUGAACAUUUUCCUGCACGACCCCAUCAUCUGUCCUCUCUUGUCACCAUCAUUCUCCCCAUGUCCGUUCUGGGGAGCCACAGACUCUCCUGAAAUAGCACCCCCAGGAUCAGCGAUGACUCCCACCCUGGAACCACCGUCUUCAGUCACCAACCACAGGGAAGGAGAGGCGAGGGAGACGCAGAGUGAGGACCACCCGUUCAUUAACUCAAGGAGCAGCUCUCCGCUGCUGCUAAGCUUGCUGCCGGAAGACGUGCCCAGCUGUGACUCCUCGGAGCAGAUGAGAAGGGGUCUCCGCCCAGAAGCCGAAACGAGGGCCGGUUUGGCCAUAUACUUUGCUAGCAGCGAUCAUUCUUCUGAAAUCCCCCAAAAUGGGCAGCAGUCGGAAGAGUCCAUCUGGAAGAUGACAGAGCAGACGGCCGAGCGCGUUCUCAUGACGUAUCGGGUGCCUGAGGGGGAUAAAGAAAUUGUACUGAAAGAAGACCUCGCAAAGCUUGAGAGCAUGAGGUGGCGGCAGCCACAGUUUUCUCAGGGACAAAGGGAGGAGCUGGCCAACGUGCCUUCUUGGAUUCAGAGCCAGACUGUCCCUAAAGAAGUAGACGUCCAAGUAAGCACAGUGCUUACCACUGUCAUGGAUCGAGGUUCUUGGUGCCACGUAGUGUUCUAGGUGCUUAGUGUACAGUCGUCCCUCUGCGGGGGGUUAGUUCCAGGACGCCUCGCGGAUGCCAGAAUCACGGAUGCUCAAGUCCCUUGCGUGAAAUGGAGUUAGUAUUUGCAUAUUACCUAUGCACCCCCGCCCGUGCACCUUAAAUCAUCUCCAGUGUAAAUGCUGUUUAAAUAGUUGUCAUUUCAGCGUCCAUGCUAUGUCAGUAGUUGCUGGUGCAUGGCAAACUCAAGUUUUGCAUUUUAGAACUUUCUGGAAUGGUUCUUCCCCAAAUACUUUUGAUCUGUGGUUGGUUGAAUCUGUGGAGGUGGAACCUGCAGACACCAAGGGCCAACUGUGCUUUGCACGAUCCCACUGAAGUUUCACCCUCACAGCUGCUUCCGUGGUAGGUGUUACUAUGCCUGCCUCGCCGACACAUGGCAAAGGAAGGCACGCAGAUACUGAAUACUUUGUGCGGUCAGCCCUCCGUACCGCGGAUCAGAUGUCAGCCUGUGGUUGAUUGGCUCUAAGGCUGCACGGCCCCCAGCUACGGAAGGGUGACUGUACCAGGUCUUUUUAUAUGAGGGACUUGAGCAUCCAUAGAUUUGGGUGUCCUUGGGGUUCUGGAACUGAUCCCCCUGCCGACACUGAGGGACAACUGUGUAAGUUCACACAGUUCAUCAGAUCAGACCUGAAUGCAGGACUUUUUGAUGCCAAGUGUGUUUUUUUUUUUUCCUUCUACCAGUUGGAAUGUUAUGGGGCAGUUUAGGAGUAGAGAGAUCUUCUUUGACGUAUGAUUGGCGGGGGAGGAGAGGUAUAAGGGUUGCAUUGUAAAUACACAUGCAUGCUUGGAAAGAGUGAAAACUCAGUGUGUAAAGUUCGCACCAGAGGUGGGAUUCGUGCAGAGCAGGGGGUCUGUGGGAAGAGCGCGUGAAGCAGAAGCCCCAAACAGCGCACACAAAGGUGUUUGAACAGGUGCCGUCGCUUACCUUCCGGUCAUCGGGAGCGGACUGUCAGCGGGUAUUCUCAGACAUGAAUGAACGGGGCAGUUGGUUCCUUGGCCAGCGUUUUACUGAGCUCAGAACUUUUCAGAUGACUUUACAUGAAAUAACCUGCCUGUGCUUGUUCCUUUUCGGAGGGCUGUGUCACUUGUGGAAACGAAGAUGCGGUUGGUGAUGCUGCUGGACGCUGUGGUCAGGGUCCAGCCGGAGACAGACAGCAGGCGAGGGGCUCCGAAGAGGAACGGGCCCCCGUGUCCACACCUGUGGGCGGCUGGGCCUCUCUGUACUUCUCUAAACCCCCGAGUCUUAAUUGGCCAUGACGUUCUCAUUAGAUGUUAAGGUUUUCCCUCCUUGAUUUUUUAAUAGCCAUCACUUUUCUGAAGCAGACAUUGUACAGAGACUCUUUUACUUCUCUUUUUGCCUGAUGUAUUGAAACUGGCAGAUAGACUUCUUUUUUCUAGUUUAACCGUCUUCUGAUGCGUUUGGAUGUGCUCUGACAAGGUAUGUGUGCAGUAACUUCAUUUCAGGUGUCACCCAAAAUAAAUUGUAGUUACAAGUAUAGCUAGAAAAAGCCCCAAACCUUGGCCUCGUCUGUUUUGUUCUGUUGUUGCAGAACAUGUUUUCCCCCGCUAGAUUCUUGAAGAAGCCCCACCUGCGGGCCACGUGCUUUUCCUAACGGUCUCCCUAAACGCAGCGCCCUCACCUGGUCUUUGCACAGAGACACGUCCCUCCACGGUUAAGGUCCAUGUUCCAAUUUUGUCAUAACACAAGUCACUUUGGUGUUACCAGUAUGAAAAUAGAACGCCCAUGGGCAUACUGGAAAUUCCUAGUUUUUCGGGUUGAAUUUUGACCUUUAUUCUUAAGGUGCUCUUCCUUUUGAUUUUCUGCCUUCCACUGAAAUUCUGAACGUCUUAGCUUACAUAUCAGUCAGCUUACAAUGAGCUUGUUCUCUGCAGGGUUUGAAUUAGCUUUUGCAUGUAUGAUGUUAAAACAAAGGAACUUUGGGCGAGGGUAUAUAUAUAGCUUAGCAGCAGAGCAUGUGCUUAGCAUUCGCAAGGUCCUGGGUUCAAUCCCCAGCACCUCCAGUAAAAAAAAUAAAAUAAUAAAAUAUUAAUUAAAAAAUACAUAAAGAAACCUAAUUACCUCCCUCCCAAAAAACAAGAGCUUCUAGCUCAACCAUUUUCUGACUCAUCUCUUUAACUUUUCAAAUAAUGAUUGUGAAAAGUUUUAAAAGUUAUGUAAAAAUUAAUAUUCUUAUAUAGGUAUGUGUUUAAAUGCCAUCUUAUCAAAGCUGACAGUUAACUCUUUCUUUCCACCCAACUGACAUAAAAGAAGGUCUCUUCAUGCCUCCCGGAGGUCUGAUUGGCACUGCCUUCUGUUUGCCCUUAAAUGGGGGUAAGUGUUGCCAAGGGGCUGGGGAAGGGGUCCUGGGGAGGCCCCUAGCCCAGGGGGAUCCAGAGCCUGCUGUUAAUCAGGGCUUCCUAAGCCUGUGACAGCUGUGUCUUUUAAGAGGUGAGUGGGUUAAAAAUAAAAGUGAGUGGGUUGUUGACGUGGCGCGUGAGCGCCCUCUCCUUGAGGAGGGCUGAUUCCUCCUCAGACUUGGAAGGAGGCGCAGUUCACGUCUGUGCAGAUCAGGACAGGGAAGGGGAGGAGGUGCGGGCUGCGGAGCCCUUCCUUUUUCACGUAAUGUGCAGCGAACUGGCUGACUUUUAUUGUUGUCGUUGUGUUUUUCUGGGUUUCGUUCCAGGAAAACACUUCUUCCUUUCAAGUUUUAUAGCUUUUUAUCAAAUGCAUCCUGAACAUAAUAAGGGCAACCGACCUUCUUAACCCACGAUGCUGCCGGACCCUGGUUCUCAAGCCCUGCAGCUCAGAUUUACUUUCUGAAGUAGAACAGUCGGUGCUCGGUGUCCACAGGGGUUGGUUCCAGGCCCCCCCCCCCCCUGCAGUUACAGAACUCCACGGCGUUCAGGCCUCUCACACAAAACGGUGGUCGAGUCAGUCCUCUACCUGCGGCUUCUGCGUCCUCGGAUUUUACCCACCGCCGGUGUGGAGGGCUGACUGUGGUUUCCUGAAAGGUGAUUCCUUGUUGAGGUGUCAGAACCAUUUCCACGUGCUGUCCGUGACAUUCCCUGGGACUUCUGGCAUUAAGCAUUCCGUGCACACGUUCCUGGCUUAAGAGCGGAGAACUCUCCCCUUCUGCUCCAUCUCGAUUGUUCAGUGAUCUCUGAAGUCCUCGUUGUGGUUGGCCAAGCUGGGUGGUAUUUUUACCAUUGGUGAAAAAACAAAUUAAAAAAAAUUAACCAGCCUGGAUAUUGUGCAUCGAGGUACUGGGUGUGACCUUCUGUAGCGAUAACAUCUUUAAUUUGCGUGAACCAGAAAUGACACAGAGCCAUCAGAGCAUUGCUGCGCUUGUGUCUGCAUGUUGUAAACCUGUCUUCUCCGACAUAAGCCCCCUUUCCAUCCUUUGUGGAUAUUUGUUUCAGAGACUUUUGCUUAUUUCUUUGCCUUACCGCACACUUAGGCUUGAUUUAAAGCCGGUGCUUGUUGCAAGCCCGUCUGUAAGCUCAUGUAUAGUUUUUUGUUCUGGCAAGUGGCCGAGCUGGUGAUUUUAGAGGUUGGACGGGGAUGCUUCCACCACCAAGGGCGGAUGGAGGUGGCUUAGCAGUGGCGCCCUCUGCCCCCCAGGGGGCUCUACCCAAUUGUAAACUGUUGUUCAAGUUUAUCAACUUUGUAUUGAUGACUAUAGAAGUUGAUAAUAAAAAUGUAUGUUAUUGGCUUCAGUGUUGAAAUAAAUGUUACCCCAAAAGGCUGUAUUUUCUUGGAUAAGAGGUCAGGGGUUAUGAACAGCGCCGUGUGGAUGGAACCGUUUUACAACCAAGUGCAACUUCAUUAUAACUCACAAGGGAAAUUUAAUCCCAGCUGAAAUUUUUGUUUCAACUGAAUUGAUAAUUAACUGUGUGAAUGUACUUGUUUUUAAUGGUUAUUACUAUUUUAAUCUGGUGUGUUUUUAAGCAAAAACAAUAAACAGUGUGCAUGUAAAACUUGAGAAAUUUUCUUGCAGUGAGUCAACAAACCUUUGCCCUGAAUGCAUAUUUUAUACCAUUUAGAAAUAUUUGCUGAGAUUGACAUACACAGAAAGGUGCUCAGGUUAGAGUCACUCUGCGUUGUCACUGUGCCCAAGCUCCUGCUGAGCACACGGCCUUUCCAGCUUCCCUCCCUGGUGGUGUCUUCCCUCAGCACUGGCAGGGGGGCUUAUGGGUUCUGAACAUACAUAGGUAUUUUUUAACACUAUUUUUAAUUCCUAACUUAUGAAAUUGAGUUAUGAGAGUUUCAGAUUCUGUAGCGUGCACCUACAAGAGACGCUCAGAAUGAAAGCGCGGAACGGGGUCCUGAAGCCAGCAGGACCGAUUCAGCGCUACACCUGCCACACCGUUGGCACUUCCUGGGACAAAACCACAGCACGGGAAGGGAGGACAGCUGAGUGUCGACUGAGGGUGGACCCCUCCAGCAGGGACUGUCCAGUGCCGCCGUCUCCUUCAGUGUUGGCUCACAGUCACCCACGAAGUGAGCAGUGGCACUGCCCGCAUUUUAUGGAGAAGGACACGGGGCUGGAGGGGGUCGAAUGGCCUGGCCGAGGGCUCAGCUGUGCGGGAGCAGGGAGUGGACACGGUGACCUGACCCCAGAGCCCCGUCCAUACGAGCAGUCGCCUAAUGUCAGUAAAACGAGGGCGGGAUUGGGACUGUACUGCGUUGGAACCCCACCUUAACCCUUUCUGCUGUCGUGUGUGGUGCCAGAGAUCAAGUCGGAGACCUGGUAUCAGUUUAACUUCCGCAGUGAGACAUGCCGCAGCAUCCUCUUAGCUCGUGUGCUGUCAACCUGUUCCCGAGAUGACGCAUCUGUGCUUCAAGGUUUUUUUU